AAUGAUUGAAUAAAAAUGAUAGGACACACACCACACCAUUGACCAUUGUUAUUUACCCGACCCAUUUUUGAAGCCAUGGUGCCGGAGUCCGGCCCGGAUUGAACCGUUUUUCGGUUUCGUGUUUGAAUAGACACUAAUGCUACCAGUCGUAAUUCGGAUUCGGAUUCAGUUUCAGUAGCAGUGGCUGAUGAAAAACGUAAUCUUGCAGUAGCUGCGAAACUCCUACUACUAUUUGCUGGAGUUUGUGGCUGUGGGUUGGGUCAGAUUCCAUAACCUCUGGCUAAUUUCCAAGCAAUAGGAUCUACUCCGGUGAAUCCGCCGCUAAAAAGCUCUCAACUUUUCCAUAACUGUCGCCGGAAAGUCAGACAAAGCAACCCUAUUUACCCAAACCUAACAGGCAGUGGAAGGAGCUUGAGAUAUGAUGAUAGCAGUAGUGGCAUUGGUCCUGGGUCUCGUGCUGGGAGCUUUCAUUUUGAUCCCUCGAAACCUAAAAUCUGACCGUACAAAAAAUGAUCAAUCAAAUGCCAAAGAUAAGAAGGCAUCCAAAAUCUACAGCAAAGCUGAAGUCUCUUUGCAUAAUAAGAGGACUGAUUGUUGGAUCAUUAUCAAAGACAAGGUGUAUGAUGUAACCUCAUAUGUAGAGGAGCACCCGGGUGGAGAUGCCAUCCUAGCACAUGCUGGGGAUGAUUCAACUGAAGGGUUUUAUGGGCCACAGCAUGCAACUCGAGUCUUUGACAUGAUUGAGGAUUUCUACAUUGGAAAUUUGGAGCAAUAAUGAAAGUAAUUGGUUCAUGAUGAGUAUAAUUUGAGCUUCCAAUUUUGCAUUUGCUCACCUCUGUAGUUAAUUCCAGUAUUAGAAACUAAUGUGAACUAGAAUGUGCUUAUAUCUUUUCUUCCAGUCAUUAUAAUUUCAGCUUGCAAGUUUAACUA